GGACUCACCAGCAGCUCUCACCUGGGCAACCAUCUGGGACGAUGCAGCUGAUCCUGCUCCUGUUGGCCUUUCCUGUGUGCCUUUGGGCCGAGGCAGGGAAAAUCAUCGGGGGUCAUGAGACCACGCCUCAUUCUCGUCCCUACAUGGCAUUUCUUCGGUUCCAGGCUCUGGAGAAAAUGGGACAGUGUGGGGGCUUUCUUGUGCGUGAGGACUUUGUGCUGACAGCAGCUCACUGCUGGGGAAGCUCAAUAAAUGUCAUCCUGGGGGCCCACAACAUCAAGGAGCAGGAGAAGACCCAGCAAAUCAUCGCUGUGAGAAGAGCCAUCCCCCACCCAGCCUAUAACUCCAAGAACUUCUCCAGCGACAUCAUGUUACUGCAGCUGAAGAAGAAGGCCAAGCUGACUGCCGCGGUGGGCAUCCUCAGGCUGACCAGGAGGAGAGCGCGGGCGACACCGGGGAUGGUAUGCAGUGUGGCCGGCUGGGGGAACGUCAGCAUGGACAAGUCCACAGUGAGGCUGCAUGAGGUAGACCUUGAAGUCCAAAGCGACCAACAAUGCAUGUCUCGCUACAAGCAUUACAACCACGCCACCCAGAUAUGUGUGGGGGACCCAAAAAAGAGGAAGACUUCUUUCGUGGGGGACUCUGGGGGCCCCUUGGUGUGUAACAACGUGGCCCAGGGCAUUGUCUCCUUUGGAAAAAAAAAUGGAAAACCUCCAUGUGUCUACACCAGGAUCUCAAGCUUUCUGUGCUGGAUAAAAAGAACAAUGAGACACUUUAAACUUCAGGGACCAGACUGA